ACCAGACAAGAGGUUUAAAAAAAUCUUACAAAUAUGGCCAACUUGAUGGACCAGUACGAGUCUCACCAGUACCGCGGGAGCGGUCGGACGCAACGUCAGUCCAAGGAUUCCAUCCCGGAGCCGAUAUCCACGGGUUUCAUCAGCGCCCGUCUCGAGGACGAAGUCCCCAUCUUCAACAAGCGGAAGAUCCAGUUUAAACCGCGCGACCCCAUCACGCAUCUCAAGGUCAGUAACAACAUGCUGGUGCUGGCCAUGUCCAGUAACCUUCUCCUUCGGAUCGACCUUGAGAAUAAGGAGAACACGGACGAGGUGGAGAUCAGCCACUCGCUAGACAACCGGCCGACCAAGCUUCACCUGGACCCACUCGGACGCCACCUCCUCAUCUCCAUGUCCAAUCAGGAGACUCUAUAUCUCUCGCGGAACUCCAAGAAGCCGAAACCGCUGGUCAAGCUGAAGGGCUACGUGAUCGAGAGCGUGGGGUGGAACAACUACAACACCAGCGACAUGUCCACGGGUCCCAUCCUGUUCGGCACGUCCCGCGGGCUGAUAUUCGAGGGGGAGGUCGUUUCGGAGGACGAGAGCAAGUUCUUCGCGGGCGCGGCGGAUAAGUACUUCAAGCAGGUGUUCAGUCUGGGAAAGGAAAACCCGUCGCCCGUGAACAGUCUCCACUUCGACCGCAUGCCGCACAACUCCCAGUCGGAACAGAAGUACUUCAUCAUGGCGACCACUCCCGGACGCCUCUAUCAGUUCAUCGGAACCAUUCCCGUCACCAGCGACCCGCCCAUUUUCCAGCCCGUGUUUGCGAAUUACGAGGACAGCCCUGCGCGGUUCUUAGAGCUGCCGGGGAACUUUGGAUACAGCGAUCUCCAGUAUUACCACCCUAAGGGCAUCAAGUCUGCGCCCGAACAGUUCGCCUGGAUGACCGGCCCGGGGGUUUACUUCGGCAACUUCGACCUCAGUCCGCAACAGAACCAGGACGUAACCUCGGACAGCAAACUCAUCGCGUACCCGUCGGACAACAACACCUCCCAGAAUCCUCUCUCCAUCGUUCUGACGGAGUUCCACAUCUUGCUGGUGUUCCCGGACUGCGUGAAAGCCAUCUGUCACCUGAACGAACAGCUCAUCUUCGAAGACUUCCACCGUACGGGAACGUUCGGUAAACUUCUCGGCAUGAGCCAAGAUCCCAUCAAGGGUUCCAUCUGGUCCUUCUCGGACCAGGCCGUGUUCAAGUACAAAGUCGUACGGGAGUCCCGCGAUGUUUGGCAGAUGUACUUGGACCGUGGAGAGUACGAUCUGGCCCUGGCGUACUGCAAGGACAAUCCGGCCAACAGGGACAAGGUGCUGACCAAACACGCGGAACACUUCUUCCAGGAGAAGCAGUACGACAAGAGCGCCAUGCUGUAUGCACAGACACAGAACUCCUUCGAGGAGGUGGCGCUCAAGUUCAUCCAGAUGGACCAGCAGAAAGCCUUACAGACGUUCCUGUGGAAGAAGCUGAAUGGCCUGAAGCCUGCGGACAAGACCCAGACGACCAUGCUGGUGACCUGGCUGAUAGAGCUGUACCUGAACAGGCUGGGCGCACUCAAGGAACAGGGGCUACAGAACGACGGCAAAUACUACACACUGAGGGACGAGUUCAGGAAGUUUCUAGCUCACCAAAGAGUGAAGGACUGCCUGAGCUUCAACAAGAACACGGCGUACGACCUGAUCGCCAGCCACGGGAACAUCGAGGACCUGGUGUUCUUCGCCAUGCUGAUGCACGACUACGAGCGCGUCAUCAGUCACCACAUCCAGCACGACGACUACAAGGCCGCACUGGACGUCCUCACCAACAAGCAGGGCGACACCGAGCUGUACUACAAGUUCUCCCCAGUCCUGAUGCAGUACAUCCCCAAACAGACAGUGGACUCCUGGAUAGCCAAGGGGAGGAAACUGGACCCACAACGGCUCAUUCCUGCUCUGGUCAACUACGACCACACACAUGAUUCCAAGGCGAGUAGUGAAGCUAUCCGGUACCUGGAGUUCUGUGUACAUGACCUGAGUGUGCAGGACACGGCCAUCCACAACUACCUACUGUCUCUGUACGCCAAACUACAGCCUGAACAACUCAUCAAAUACCUCAGGAUACAGGGCCAGAACCCUGACAGCGUGCCCUAUGACCUGAAGUACGCCCUGCGCCUGUGUGCCGAGCACCAUCACAAGGAGGCGUGUGUGCACAUCUACCGUACCAUGGGUCUGUACGAGGAGGCUGUCGAACUGGCACUACAGGUUGAUGUGAACCUGGCCAAGGUGAAUGCUGACCUGCCAGAGGAUGAUGAGGAGCUGAGGAAGAAGCUGUGGCUGCGGAUCGCACGACACGUGGUGGAGGAGGAAAAGGACAUCAAGAAAGCCAUGGAGUUCCUGCAUGAGUGUGAUCUGUUGAAGAUUGAGGAUGUGCUGCCCUUCUUCCCUGACUUUGUCACCAUUGACCACUUCAAGGACGCCAUCUGUAUGUCCCUACAGGAGUAUAACCAACACAUCGAAGCACUCAAGGAAGAGAUGCAGGACGCCACGGAGAGCGCCAAGUCCAUCCGCUCGGACAUCCAGGAGAUGAGGAACAAGUACAGCGUGGUGAAGGCCCAGGGGAAGUGCUCGUCCUGCCGCUACCCCCUCCUCACGCGUGGUUUCUACCUGUUUCCAUGCCAACACGUCUUCCACUCCGACUGCCUGGUCACAGAGGUCACCCCCAACAUGACCUCUGCCAGGAGGAACAAAGUAGACAACCUGCUGAGAGAUAUCAACUCAGCACCUGCCACUCCGCAGGCCGCAGCCGCCACAGACGCAACCGCCGCCACGACGGCGAUGUCAAAGGGCGAGCAGCAGAAGAGCGAGCUGGACGACCUGAUCGCGUCGGAGUGCCCGUACUGCGGAGAGAUGAUGAUCAUGUCCAUCGACAAACCUUUCAUCGAACCUAAAGAGUUUGAUGAAGUCAUACAGAGCUGGCAGUAGUGGUGAAAUAAUCAAUUAGGCCACACCAAUUUAAUUUCUUGGUUAACGGAUUCG